CAGACAUACAGGUGCAUGAAAUCACUUCAGCUCGGCUCCGCUUCACAGUCAAGAAUGAUGAAGGUUCUGUUGCUGGUUCUUGUUCUCGCCCUGGUAUUGGCAAAUGGAUCUGCCCUGAAAUGUCACAACUGUGUCCCCCGCACCCCUGGAGGAAGUUGUGUGACCACUCAGGAGACGUGUGGCUAUAAAAAAGACACCUGUGUAGCUGCCAGAUUCACUAUCUCUCCCUAUUCUUACUUUCGGAGGUGCAUUAGCAUGGCAGACUGCAUGAUUCUUCAGUCCAGUCCCUAUAUUACAGCCAGUUGCUGUCAGACGGAUCUGUGCAACACCCCGGUUAUUUAAACCCACAAAUCUCAAUGCAUAUCAAGCCAUAACGGGAAAAAUUACCCAAACUGUGGCAUUUAAGUAGUGCAUGUCACACAUACAGUAUGUGACCCUGGACCACAAAACCAGUCAUAAGGGUCAAUUUUUCGAAAUUGA